AUGGUUAUUUAUGGUUUGAUGCCGACUACACUUCGAACCAGCAAAAACUCCAGACUAAAAAUCUGCAAGGUGUCCUACGUAUACUUGAUAUACAGUUUUUGUAUCACGGUGUGUCUGUUUCUGCAGUUUCGGUAUAUGUUUCCGCCAGACUUCUUCGAUGGCUACAUGAAGAACAAUAUAAUUCUACAGUGGAAUAUGAUUGUGAAUGCCGGACUCCGAGUUCUUGUCAUCAUCAGCUGCUAUAGUCUUGUCUGGCUGCGUCGACAGCGGUUGGUUCGCCUUUACCUGGAAUUUCUGUUGUACUGGCGAAUGCAUUGGCCCACUCUCAGAAGAAUUGCCAGCGAUCAGGCUCUUGACAACAUGCAACUGCAGCUUGCGAAUAUUUUGCUGCGAGAAAUCUAUGUGAAUUAUGCGAUGUUCUGCUGCUCCAUCGUCACACAAUAUAAACUGCUUGGCGGAAAGGAUAUUCUGCAGGUGCUUGUGAAGACAUUUCAAAUGCUGUUGCUAAUGGCGAUUCGGCUGGGCUUUAGUUCACUGCUUCUGCUACUCACACAUCAGUUUGAGAGCGUUCAGUUAGCUCUGCUGGCGAUUCGUCAACGAGUAGGAUCCCGCAGUCUGGAAGAUUUGCGUCGCAUUGCCAACAUUCACACCAAGUGGCUGAAGCUGGCUCGGAAUGCAUUUAGCAUCUAUGACAUGAACAUGGCCACCGUCUUUGCAACCAUGUUUGCCGUCAAUGUGAACGUACUCUAUCACGCAGUUCAGUAUUCCAACAAUACAAUCAAGUCAGACACGUCUGGCGACAUAUUUGGAAUUGCUCUCAUUGUGACCAAUAUUUGGAAUUCUGCCUUGGUCCUGAACCUAAUCGAGCACACGACUAGCUCUUGCAAUGAUGUCGGACAACUGUUGCGACAGUUUACCGACGAUCGCCGACUAAGUCCAGAAUCACAGCUUGAGUUGGAACUGCUUAUGAAUCGUAUUCGAAACAAUAAGCUCGUCUUUCGAAUUUGCGGCUGUGUAGAUAUGGACAGAGCUGCCGUGCUGAGCUAUAUAUCAUCUGUUUUAAAUAAAGUUAUCAUUCUCAUGCAAUUCGAUUUAAGGCGUAAGCAAGAGCUGACUUUACAACACAUCAAUCAUAAAACGUGA